AAAGCUUCGACAAAUUAAUUUUUGGCAGCCUCUCAUCAACGUCAUCAUCGCUGUCGUAAUCAUCCGCAUAGCAACUCAUCCUAUUAGUCAGCGGAAAAAUCUAGAGUUUUCCAGAGGCCCGCACGUGACGCGGCCCUUUUUCUUCGCUUAAUCAAAAGGCAAACGACGCCACGUGAACGCUUCAAUGUUGCCGCAUCAUCAGCGCCAUAAAAUGGCGUCGCAACUGUUUCAACUCGCCAUCUGCACGCUGCUCCUACUCAGUUGUUGCCUCGUUGCGCCGGUGGCAUCCCGAGCACGCGAAGAGCGACGCAGUCGUGGACGCGGUGGCAGCAACUCUGGCUCCGUCUCUGGUUCCAUGUCCAGCUCAUCAGCGAUGUCGGGCAGCAGCAAUGGCUACUAUCGCAGCAGCUCCAGUUCCGGCUACGGCAGCUCAUCGUCAUCAGUCUCGAAUACAGGCAGCACUGGCUACAAUGGACCCAUGGACAGCACUGGAUUUUGCACGCGUCGUCGUGAUAUGAAACUGAUGUGCUAUUGCACACCCGAUGAGAAUCAUAUACCCGUUCAGAAAGCCGAGUGCUGGGUAUUCUCUGAAGGUCUGCAUCAGAACGACACGACUUGGACACGUUUCUAUCAGCAAAAGAGUUUGCGUGAACUCAAAUUUGUCAUACAAAACAAUGCACGAUUGGAUUACAUACCCAGCAUGAUAAUUGAACCGUUGAAGAACUUAACAAGCAUUGUCAUUGAGUAUUCUCAAGUGGAGAUUGUCAAGAGUUAUGCGUUUGCCAGUUUGACCUUCCUCGAGCGUAUUAUACUGAACAACAAUCAUAUUAUGGCACUCGAUCAGGAUGCAUUUGCCAAUCACAUACGUUUGCGUGAACUCAACUUGGAGCAUAAUCAAAUCUUUGAAAUGGAUCGUUAUGCUUUCAGAAAUCUUCCUCACUGCGAACGUUUGUAUUUGAACAACAAUAACAUUAGCACGUUGCAUGAAGGACUUUUUGUGGAUAUGGCGCGUUUGACGUAUUUGAAUUUGGCUCACAAUCAAAUCAAUGUGCUGACCAGCGAAAUCUUCCGUGGAUUGGGAAAUCUCAAUCUACUCAAAUUGACGCGAAAUAAUCUCAACUUCAUUGGCGACACCGUUUUUGCCGAACUGUGGAGUCUGAGUGAACUUGAGUUGGAUGACAAUCGAAUUGAGCGUAUCUCGGAGCGUGCCUUGGAUGGUCUAAACAAUUUGAAGACAUUGAAUUUGCGCAAUAAUUUGCUAAAGAAAAUUGACAAUGGUCUGCUGCGUGGAACACCGGCGCUGCUGUCAAUCAAUGUGCAGGCCAACAAAUUGGAAACGCUGACGUUCUACACGUUUCAGCCAAUUAUGGACAAUUUGGUCAACAGCACCAGUGAGCUGUUGGUGUCAGACAACAAAUUCAUCUGCGAUUGCCGCUUACAAUGGAUCUUUGAAUUGAAAAAUCGCACACGUCACCUGCAGCUGCGUGACUCGCUGGACAAUUUCAUUUGCACGUUGCAGGAGCCAAAGCUGUCGCAUUUCGUUGACCCCGUGCCAUCGCACAUACUCGAUCUGCUGAACAUUGGCGGCUUCACGGCGAUUGGCAGCAACAGCGCCAGCAUGGGCGGCAUUGGCAACAGCGUGAGCAGCAAUUAUGCGACACUCGAUGAGCUCAAUGGCAGCAAUGUGAUCGGCACACGGAAGCACAGCACGUCGAGUAAAUCGCGUCAAGCGAUGCGUGGUCAGCGGCAAUUUACGGAUGAUGCCGCCGAGAAUAAUGCGCUCGAAUCGAAGUUGCGGCAGCGACGCAAGCGGCAACAGCAGCCGCAACCCAAGGAUGUGGCCGGUGUGGCAGCCGUGGCACAAACGCAAAAACGCUACGAUUACUACGACGAGGCGAAUGGUGGACAUGUCUCAGGACUUGGAUUGGGACACGGCGGACUCGAUAUGGAUGACAAUUUGAAUCUGCACAAACAGAGCUCGUUCUACGGCAGCUCGUCCGCCUCGAGUUCGAUGAAUCACAAUGAUGUGGACACGCUGAUGCAUCAGCCACCAAUUGGUGAUGCACUCGAUGCAUUGGCCACCAAGAAUUCGAUCAGCGUGCGUCUUUUUAUGCUGAAGCCCGAGAUGCUGCCCUGCCACGAUGAACUGAGCGAUCCCACCGAAUUGCCACUGUCGCGAGAUCUGAUGGAUGUACGCAGCAAUGCGGGACAGGAUCAGCUGAUCAAUGGUGCUCCACUGCAGACACUGCAGCUGCUUGUCUGUCUGCUGCUCAGUUCGGUUGUCAGUUUUCUGAAUCUCGGUUGAGCGCUGAGUUUUCGCAUGCUGUAAAUACUCGUGAGCAUUCAUUUGGUUGUUCGUCAAGCAGGAAGAGAAGCACAAGAAGUGAAAGCUAAAUGCAGAGAGAAACUUCUCUUUCAUCUGGUGAGAUGGCAAAAACUAUUUUGGAAACGAGCUUCGAAACACAAAUAAACACACACAAAACACACACAGACACCACAGACAAAGCUACAGCUACAGAAACGUGAAAUCUAAACUAAAGUCUUGUAAAUAUGUAAAAAUGCAAAAAAAUUCGAUUAACCUACUAAUUUAAUCCUAGCUGAUAGCUGUAAUAUUAGUCUCUCUCGAACUAACUCUUAAAAAAAACUCUCGUGAAAAAACUUCAAACCAAAAAACCGAACAGAACCGAAACUACAACCAAAAAAACUUAAACCAAAAACAAAUUGAAAACCUCCGAGCAAACUGGCGUUUCAUUUAAAAAGAAAAACUCAAAACACCAAAUGAAAUAAAAAACCGUAUUAAAAACGAAAAUCUUAACUGUACUACAUAGCAUAUAGUUUUGACUAGCCAUAGAGUUGAAUUAUUUGAGAUUCGUUUGAAACUUGAGCAAGGUACACAACUACAAUACAGUAAAUAAAACUUGGAAAGCGCUAAACGUCUUAGGUACAGUGAGGUCAACAACUAACUAACUUAGCUAGAGUCAGUUUUAGUGUACUAAGGUCCACAAGAGGCAUGCCUGUAAAAACAAAACAACCGAAACGAAAAACCGCAGCUGAAAUUAGAUACAGAUACUUAGAUACAUAACGUAAUGUUCUAUCUAUAAACGAGUAUAAAUAUAACGUACGUAUAACAAUUAAGAUUGCUUUCUAGUUUGUAAGCCACACAAACUCACACACUCAGACUCACUUCUUAGUCUUUACAACUGCUGCUGCCACGCCCAAAAAAGAAAACAAACACAAGCAUAACUGUCGCCUACUUUUCCAUAUUUCCAGAGAACUUUUGCCCAACUUUUACUUUUACAUUUUCAUUUGCUGCACUCAACCAUAAAUGAAAAGUGAAUAAGUGAAUAAAUAAUAAUUCAAAAAUAAAUUGCGAAUUUAAAGUACUCAUUUGAAUAGAUUCAAAUUUUUAGCAGCUGUAUGAAUGAAUACAACUACGAAAAUAAAAAAAGAAAAAUCCAAAAAAAAACAAAAAAAAAAAACAUAAAGCAGAAAUAUGCAUAACGAUUUUUGUAGCUUAAGACUGAAUAAAUAAAGGUAAAUUAUGAUAAUAUAUACACCACAUACUAUAUACUAUAUAUAGUAUAUUCCAAAAAUAUACUAUGUGUGUGUAUAUGUGUAUGCGUGUAUCAUGUAUUAUUGUAUUUGUAUUUGUAUUGUAUGUUUAAUUGUAUUGUAAUAAAUGCAAGCUGGGGGAAAGGGUAAUGCAAUUUCUAUAUAGAGAAACCAAUGAUAAAAAUUAAAAUCGAAUAUGAAAAAUGAUAACACACAGACACACACACAUACACAUGCGUGCUUACAUAUGUAUGAGUACACAUCAAGUUAAUAUACAUAUAAGGGCAUAUUUCAAUUUAUUUAAGCUCGUCAAUAAAUUUAUUGCCAAUUUCAUUAUGCACAAAAUAUAAUUUACAUACACGACAAAACUCAGCAACAUUUUUAUAUAUUUGAUUAAUGUGUAUUAAAUGAAACAAAUAAAAACCCGAUAUUGCAAAAUAAGUGUAAAAAUACAGAAAACAAAUAAAAACGGAAAAAACGAAAAGCGAAAAUAUAUAAUUAUAUUACAGAGUUCAAAUAGAACAAAGGAAAAUAAAAUAAAUGGCAAAGCAUUAGAAGCAAGCAUAGUUUUUAGUGGACAAUCAGCAGAUAACAAAGAAGAACAACAAAACAAAAUGUGAAAAUAAAAACGCAAUGAACGAGAAAGAAAACAAGAAAAAGCCAAGCAUACUUCAAAGAAAAUUGGUCAAUAGCCAACAAACUAAAAGCGGGAAAGAAAACUUGACAGUUUAGCAGCACGCAAAAAGCAAAAGUAAAACAACAACACUUGAACAAAAAACUAAGAAAAAAACACAAAAAAAAAACAA